UACCAAUUUCCUCAGAAGAAAAAGAAACAGCCUUUUUCUUUUUCUUUUUUUCUUGCUAAUAAUCAAUACCACCGUCUCAGUGGCUUUUCAAGAUUCCAAUUUUCUUCAGAUUUUUUGGACAGAUAGUUGUUAUGGCAUUCUGGUUGUUGCUUCGAAGUGGGAACUCAGUCUUGUGAUUUAAAAUUUUGAGUUUGGUGAUCUGGGAUUUGCUUUUUGGAGGCUUUUAAGAACUGGGUUAUCCUCAUUUUUUGAGGUUGUUGGAGUGUGCAAUCUUGGUUAUACCAGGAAUGGAAUUUAGUUGAUUGGUUUUUGUGCCUAAGCUUGACUUGUUGGAACAUUUUCUAUUAGUUUCUAGGGGUUGCUGUUGUCAAUGCUUUGGAGUUUUCUUUGUGUUUUAGAGAAGGAGCUUUGAUACACGUUUAAAGGCCUUAAUUUUGGCAUUUUGUGCUGUGGAAACGAUGUAUGGAUGUAGUUUGUGGAACAAUAGGAGCUUAGGUGUUUAGAUUUUUCUAAAAUGGAUAUGAGACUGUAGGGAAUAUAUUAGUGUUAAUCAUUUAGAGAAAUAUGACUUCAACUUUACCUUCUGUGGUUCCACCAACUUCUAGUGAUAUCUCACCACCACCAUCAUCAGCACCUCCUACGUCUUCCUCCUCUAAUUCCUCAACCACUUCGCCAUCCCCCACAUCAUCUUUGCCAAAUCAAACUACUUAUCCUCCACCAGCCUCACCACUAACAAAUUCUUUGUCUCCACCACCUCAAUCACCUCCUACAUCACAACCUUUGUCACCACCACCGGCAUUGGCAACUCCACCAGCUUCCCCUCCACCAUCAAUCCCAGCAUCUCCUCCUCCAUCCCUUCCACCUUCCCCACCUCUGUCACUGCCAACAUCUCCACCUUCACCUCCUGCUCUCCCUCCACCCUCCCCAGUUUUAUCUCCACCACCUCAGUCACCUCCUCCAGUUGUCCCUAUAGCUUCUCCCCCAUCACCACCUUUGUCACGACCACCAGCAUUGGCAACUCCAUCAGCUUCACCUCCACCAUCAACUCCAGCAUCUCCUCCUCCAUCCCCUCCAUCUUCCCCACCUCCAUCAUUGCCAACAUCUCCUCCACCUUCACCUCCUGCUGUCCCUUCACCCUUGGAGAAUUCACCACCCUCCCCAGUUUUAUCUCCACCACUGCAAUCUGGUGGUUUUCCACCUGCACAAGUUGCAUCGGCACCUCCGGUUGUAACUUCGCCUCCACCUCAGGUCAUUGCACUUUCCCCACCUCCUCCAACUAAUGUUCCAACGACACCCUCCUCAAAGUCUCUACCUUCACCACCAGCAACAGCACCACCUGGAAGCUCUUUCUCACCUCCUACACUUACACCUUCACCUUCUAGCUCAAAGUCUGCUCCUCCUCCUCCAGCCGCAACUUUUCCCUCCACACCUACAUUAUCAUCCCCGCCUCCUUCAGUUCCUUCAACCUCCUUACCACCUACACUUUCACCCCCGGAAACUCCAAGUACUCCAUCAACAACGGGAAGUCCUAAUUCAUCACUUUUGCCCUCAAUUCCAACAGAAAAACCAUCUGCAAAGUCAACUAAUGGUAUUAGUACCAAUGCAUCUGCAAAUGCAACAUCAUCUGGUAAAAAUGGUUUAGGUGCUGGAGGUGCUGUGGCAGUAGGCAUUGUUGUUGGGUUUAUUGUGCUCAGUCUUCUUGCGAUGGCUGUGUGGUUUGCACAGAAACGGAAGAGGAAGAGGGCUCGACCAAAAAUUGGGUACGCUAUGCCUUCUCCAUUUGCCUCUCCACAAAAUUCAGAUUCUGCACUUUUAAGGCCCCAGUCUACACAUCAAGUAGUGGAAAGUGGUUCUAACAGUGGUUUUUAUUCACCUUCAGAGCCUGGUGGGGUCAAUAAUUCCAGGACAUGGUUUACAUAUGAAGAGCUAGUCCAGGCAACAGAUGGGUUUUCAGAAUAUAAUCUUUUGGGUGAAGGUGGAUUUGGUUGUGUAUACAAAGGUAUCCUCACAGAUGGUAGAGAAGUGGCUGUUAAGCAGCUAAAGAUUGGUGGUGGACAGGGGGAGCGGGAGUUCAGAGCAGAAGUUGAGAUUAUUAGCCGAGUACAUCAUCGCCAUUUGGUUUCACUGGUGGGGUACUGUAUAUCAGAGCAUCAAAGAUUGCUUGUCUAUGAUUAUGUCCCGAAUAACACCCUUCAUUACCAUCUCCAUGGUAGAGGCAGGCCAGUAAUGGAUUGGGUAGUACGAGUCAAGGUUGCUGCAGGUGCAGCUCGUGGGAUAGCUUACCUCCAUGAAGACUGCCAUCCUCGCAUCAUUCAUAGGGAUAUCAAGUCAUCAAACAUUCUUCUUGACAACAAUUUCAAGGCUCAGGUUUCAGAUUUUGGACUUGCAAAGUUAGCUUUGGAUUCAAAUACACAUGUAACCACACGUGUGAUGGGAACCUUUGGAUAUAUGGCUCCAGAAUAUGCAACAAGUGGCAAGUUAACUGAAAAAUCUGAUGUUUAUUCCUUUGGUGUCGUGCUCUUGGAGCUAAUUACUGGGCGCAAGCCUGUUGAUGAUUCUCAGCCCCUAGGUGAUGAGAGCCUAGUUGAAUGGGCUCGACCACUGCUUGCUGAAGCAAUUGAACAUCAAGACUUUGAGGAGUUGGUAGAUCCAAGGCUGGAAAAGAAGUAUGUGGAUCAUGAAAUAUUUCGAAUGAUUGAGGCAGCUGCAGUUUGUGUACGACAUUCAGCUGCUAAAAGGCCAAAAAUGAGUCAGGUGGUGAGAGCUCUAGACUCAUUGGAUGAGUCAUCAGAUCUCACAAAUGGAAUGAGACCUGGCCAAAGUGAAGUUUUUGAUUCAGCGCAGCCGUCUGCGCAAAUCAGAAUGUUUCAGAGGUUAGCAUUUGUCAGUCAAGACUACAGUUCUAAUUUCUUUAGUCACACUCAGAGCAGUUGGAAAGGUCAAGAAGAUGGUAGUCAAGGUAGCCGGAGGAGUCGAGAGCUUAUGGAUUGUAGCACCUUGAUGCCUUGAAUCCGACUCGGAUGUCAAGCAAGUCAGAUGAGUUCAAUGUGUAAACCAUUACAAGAAAAUUGAAUUGCUCUUAUUAUUAGUACUGACUGAGACUUCAGAUGCAUCACACUGUUAAAAGGGGAUAUGCUCUACCUCUCAAUUUUGUAUAGGAUGGAAUCAGGUGUUGCUUCUCACUUGAUGUGUACUCUUGAGCAUUUUUUUUUUCCUUCUUAAUAUUAAAAGAAAAAAAGAAAAAAAGAAAAAGCAUCCAUGAUUUCCCUGUAAGAAUGCCUGUGCAUUUAUUUUCUAUGAUUUAGAAUCAUUCAUUCAUCUUUUUUUCCUCGUUUUAACUCCUGAAUUCGUUUUGCACCUGGAAAUAAUGAAAAGAAAAACUUUAGGCUUUUCCUUAUUUGUAAGUAAUUAAAAUUUUCUUAGUCCGGAUUCCCAACAAAUUCCACUGCCCAACUUAUAGAUGGGCUUUUUUUUCCUUUUCUUUGGUCUUGAGUUUAGAUGUGCCUUGAUUAUCUGAUUUAUUAACAGUCCAAGGUUGACAGGGUUGAUCAAGUGGCUACCCUGUUAAACCUUAUAUUGUUUUGAUAUUGAAGCUGACUUGGUCCCUUUUUUUGUUUAAUGAAAGUCGAUUGAAAAUAAGGAUGCGGUGGGA